CCCGCCCGCUCCGCCGCCGCCCCGGGCAGCGAGCGAGGGAGGCCGGGCCGCGGCCAUGGCCACGGACGUUACUCCUGGGGCCACUGGGUUUUUGUCUGCAGUUGGAGCCUUCAUUAUCCUCCCUGCAGUCCUCUUCCACUUCAUCAACAAGAAGCUCUGCUUUGAAAAGAGAGGUGGUGGGCUCCCAUGCCUGGAACGAGGGCAAAGAAAACACUACAAAGGGAUGUCCAGAGCUUGUGAAGGCCUUGCUCCCUGAAUUAUAAGUGACAUGCUGGCAAAGCUGAACAACUGAUCACCAGAUACUGGCAUAGUAUUAAACAUGGCUUCUGAGGCUGCUCAGAAUUUCCUUCAGCCACUAUCUUCUUGGAUGUCUCAAAUAUAUGAAGCUCUCCAACAAGCAGGAGACUCUAUAUCUGCUUCACUGCUGAAUUUGAGUGGAGUGGGCCGUAAGUCAGAAGAAGAGAGGAAGCAGGACAUGGAGAAUAAUGGAGGAGUUUAUGAGGAUUAUUCUGAGGAAUCAGAGGAUGAACAAGACCUGGACCUCUGGGAUGAGGAAUAUUUAUAUCCUAGAGAAGAUGGUUACACUGGGGGUCCUGAUCUUGCUUCGCAAAACCUCCCUCACGGCUCUGACUUGGGUCCACAGAGGCAAAAACGGGUUAAAAAUACCAGCACCUUGCCAGAGCACUGUGUUGAAAACACCAGGUCUUUGACAGCCAAUGGAUCCUACUGGACAAGUGAAGACCUCCAGCCACUUGAUCGGCUUCCUCCCAUCGCUGAGGAAGAAGAUCUGGAUGGACUAAGCCAACUGAGUUACCAAGACAACCUAUCCUAUCGUGGAGAUGACCAUGUAUCUGUUGAUUCAAGAACAACAACUGGGAAUAGGGGCACUGGGCAGAAUAAAGGGCCCAGGAUGGAGCCCAGCAUCGGGGAUGGCAUUAGCCGAGCAGCCACGGAAGGACACUUGGAAAUGGAGACAGCACCUGCCAACCAGGGAUUGGAAGUAAAUGAUGCUACUGACAGCUCAUCGGCUUGGAGCCCUGAGGAACAUAAUGAAGUGAACAGUGUACCAGCUCAUCAUGGCACUCAUGAGCCCAUCUGCAAAUGUGGUGAUCUAGAUGUCAUCUUCAACUAUAAACCCUCGAGUCAAAAGCUGGUGGUUACUAUCUUGGAGGCCAGGGAUAUCCCAGACAAAGACCGCAGCGGUGUGAACACCUGGCAAGUGCACACAGUUCUGAUGCCAGGCAAGAAACAGAGGGGUAAAACGAGCGUUCAGAGAGGACCCAUCCCCAUCUUCAAGGAUAAAAUUGCCUUCGGUAAGCUGGAACCACAGGAGUUAAGCAGCCACGCCGUUCGCUUCCGCCUCUACGCGGUGCACAAGAUGAUUGGAGAGAAGAUGAUGGGAGAGCAGCUGUUCUACCUGAGCAACAUCAGCCAGGAAGAGGAAGUGAAGGUGACACUGGUCUUGGAGCCCAGAAGUAACUUGAGUAGUGCAGAUUCUCAGCUUAGUCUGUCAGCAAUCUCUCACAGUGAUAGUGCUUCUUCAACACAGUCCCUGUCGCAUGGAGGGGUGCCAGAGCUGCUCGUGGGAUUGUCAUACAAUGCCACUACGGGGCGGCUGUCGGUGGAGAUGAUCAAAGGCAGUCAUUUCCGAAACCUCGCAAUUAAUAGGCCACCUGAUACCUAUGGAAAGCUCUGCCUGCGCAACUCUGUGGGUCAGGAGAUGUCUCGCUGCAAGACCUCCAUCCGCCGAGGACAGCCCAACCCUGUCUACAAGGAAACCUUCAUCUUCCAGGUUGCCCUCUUCCAGCUCUCUGAUGUCACCCUGAUGAUCUCCAUAUACAACAGGCGCAGCAUGAAGCGCAAGGAGAUGAUCGGCUGGAUUUCCAUGGGUCAGAACAGCAGCGGAGAGGAGGAGCAAAGCCACUGGCAGGAAAUGAAGGAAUCGCAGGGGACGCAGGUCUGCAGGUGGCACACGCUGCUGGAGUCCUAGUGGUUACCAGGGCAACUUGCAGAUCCUGGGACAAAGGGCUGUCUUACCUUGUUCUCAGCCAGCAGAAAACAGCUAUCCCGUGGCAAGCCCUGUGCUCUGACGGGGCAUGUGUGCUUUAACCUGGCUGCUUGGUGUCAGCAGUCAUGGGUAUUAAAGGUGGCAAGGCCUUGGAAGCACAUUCAGUUCUUGUCUUUCCAGGUUGUCCUGCAUUUUCUACAUCCAAAUAAUUAACCCUGGCGAGAAGCGGUGGGAAUACCUACAAAAUCCUUUCCUUGGUCGUUGUCUUGCUGAUUUUGUCAUAGGCUUAAUCAUCACAGGCUGAUUCUGAUGCUGUUUUCUUCUGGGUUAAACUCUCUCUUCUCUCCCUCCCCUUAUUUAUAUUAAUGAAGUUUGCAAAUAUUCUUCACACGCAGAUAGCUCACAGAAAGGCUAACCUGCAUGCAGAUCACAUCCUCUCCCUUUUAUUAUCGUGUUUCUAAGUCCUAGAAAUAAGCAUUUGAUACCACUGUAGACUGGAUGAUAUAUUUUUCAAGCAGCAUGAGAAAGCACUCUUGAAUUCUCUGUCAACUUUAAAGUGCCUAGACAUUACUACUGUUCUCCUGUACUAACAGUUGAUAUUAGGACUUAACACUAUUGAUAUUUUUAAUUAGGCACCCUGCGCACUUGUUAGCCUGCAUUGCCAUAGGUUUGCACAAGAGAUAAUGAGCAUCAGUUUUCUAUUGCAUUAUACAAUGCAUGUUUAGAUGUUUACUUGAAGUUAUGGCUUCUGUCAUCACAAAUACCAAAAAAAAGACCAGAAAAAGCUGCACAUCCACCUUUGUGCCUGAAUCACUCUUUUCUGCAUCACUGUUUUGCCAAUGUGUUAAUUUGGUUUUUAGAAGCAAGGUUCAUUCAGAAAAGCAUUUCUGUGAGCAUUACAGGUGAAGGCUUCAGAUCUGUGGUUUCUCUGUGAUUCAGCUGAGCACUACUCAGUUUGCUGAGGGCUAUCCUUUAAUAUCUUCUUGGGAUAUGACAGGGGACUAGUUUUGGCAUACUGAGCCAUAGAGGAUGCCAGACCAUGUCACCUCAUCUUGGGGGCAAGCUCUCCUGCAGGUAAGGAAUAGGAUCCAGGGGACCCCCCAGAGGGGCUCUGCUGAACUAGCACCGGAGAAAAGUAUUGUGCUUCCUGCCUCUCACUGAAAACAAUGCAAGGAGCAGGCUUGCUGGAUGAGGUGAUGACACUUUCACGUAGUAACUUUUCAGACUAUAUUGUCCUUUUCCGCUCUGUUCUUUUUCCCUGUCUUUGCAAGUUGAAGCCAUGGAGAUGAUGGAUAGGGGACGUGUCUCGGUCUCCUGCUUGACUAAGUGGUUGUUUUUGCAGUGCCGUGUGUGACACAAAGGAGGAUGUUCAUCUUCAAGUGCAGUGAUGGUAUGUAGGCAGUGAGGUGCUGAGAUCUUCAAAUGCUAUCAGCUACCCAAUCUCCCAUUCCCCCCGCUCUCUAGGAGAGGACUGGCAUUUCUCCAUUCCUGCUGAUGACAGCAAGACACAGGAAAUAUUUUGCUGAAAAGGUUUGUCUGUACUGAGUCACUUCGUGUUUUGGUUUUGUCAUUUGCUGAGAUCUGGCACCAAAUUCUGCCUCCUACUGCACUGCAGCCAUCUCCUUCCUUCAAUGGUGCUGUGCAAAUCUAACUAAUGCAAAUUUUGGCACUGGCUGUUUGACCAAAAUUGGGCCUCUCUGCUGGUUUGGCUCACAUCCAGGCCAGCCAGGCCCUGAGGGCACUGCUGUGACAGUCACAGGUUAUCACUUGGUGUCAUACACACAGGCUCUGUCUGUCCUCAUGAGGCAGACAGAAUAAUCUGCAUGUAGGAGGGCUUCUGGUACAGGUGAUACAAGUUAUUCUACAGACCCUGCUUUUGUAUAUUCUUAUCACCUGUCUGAGUAUCAUUUUUUCAGGGAGACUUCUGGGUAUCAUAUGCAGGAGUGUUCUCCUCUCCUGUCUAGAUAAGCUGACAUAUCUGCUUUGCACUACUGGGGCUUUCUGUCACAAAACAGGAUACAAUCUAAAUUCAGCUCAGCAAACAAAUAUAUUUUUGACUGCACUGCUAAUGCUGCUGUAUUACCAAUGCAAAAAAAAAAAAAAAGGACAUUUGAGUGGUAACCAGCAGAAUAGAUUUUUUUUUUUAUCACACACUUUUCUUCUGGGGAAAAAAAAGUAGAGGAAACAACCCAAUUGAAAAGGUACAUUUGCUGAUUCCAGUUGCUUUCCAAUCUCGGCAUCUUUAUUUCCCUGAACUGCAUAAAAUGUAUGUGCAAGUGUUUAUAAUUAAUUUUAUUACCUGGAAUGUGAAUAUAUGAUAAACUCACUGAGAUUUUCUCCAUAACUUCUUGAACCUGCGAAGUGUUGCUUAUGCUUCAUGAUUAGCUAAGGGAAAACUGUAAGUUGAUAAUGUGUUUCAGCGGUGAACUGGAGAUAACCCAGAUUUAUAACAGUAUGAUUAAAAAAAAACUAUUGAAAAAGAUCAUUUUAAAAAGCAAUGUAAUAAACUGGUUUUGGACUUCCAUGCUGUUUUCACAGUAAGAUCUUUUCCAAAGAUACAGCAUUAUGGGAAUUGAAUUUUAAUAUAUAAUUUCAGUGUAGAGUAUUGGGAGUUAGAGGAAAGCAAGAGAAAACAGCUUACUUAGAGUAAGUUAAUAUCUGAGCAUGUAUUAAAACUUAGUUGUCCAAGGGAAGCAGGUUGAUGCAUUCUUGCUGCAAUCUUUUGGCCUUAUAUUUUACCGGAAAAUUUUGGAGUGGGGGUAAAAAGGGAUGCAGCAAAUGGACCAUUGGGGUUUUGGAGCUACUGCCAAAACUGUUGGCAUAUCCAUGCCUUGAGCAGUGCAUUCGUGGGGUUCAUUAUGUUCCUACUAAAGCAAUGGAGGAAUUUUUUGAAUCUUGGGAUGAACAAGGUGCUGGAGGUGCUUGUGCUUGCUAGUUGUAUUUUGAUAUUUUUGCUGCUUUCGUGGUUUAUUUUUCUUUUCGGUGUUGACUGUGAAAUGAAGGAUUUGUACCAGCCCUGGCAUAUUCCAAAGCUCCUCUAAUUCUUCCCAUUGACAGAUUGAAUUAGUCAUUGCUAAUAUUGAUACAGGCUUGGCUUGUACUCCUGGUCUUUCUUAUGUAAAUACCAUUGCCCUUUCAGUCGGUGUUUUAACCCCUUGUUUCCUUUGGAAGUGGCUGACAAGACUGAAUUUGCAGAAAGGUUUCCAUUCCUUGGGAAGUUUGACUCUCCCUUGGCUCACAGUUGGUGAUGGGUGGUAGGCUGGGCCCUGUGCUUCACUGGCCUUCCUCCAUGUGGAUGCUGAUGCUUCCUCUCUGUUUCUCUGGGGUUCCAAGGUGGGGAGAGGAGCUUCCCGUGGGAGGGCCAUGGGAAGUUCAAGGAUCAGGAUCAGAAAAUAAAAAAAAAAUGAAAACCCACAAAACCAUUGUGUGGGAAGGAACUUAACUGCACUGGCAUAGGCCCGGAAUAUUGUGGGCAAGUGCCCUGCAUACAGCUCUGUAUCUUGAACAGCAUCGUUCAGCUGGUUGCAGUCUGUUCCUUCCUUGGUCUCUCUCCAGCCAGCUGGAGCUGUCCUGCUCUGUCCUGCUAAGCUCUGCUGUUGUUUUAUCUCCUGGUUUUAAUGUGUGUCGACAACAGAACAGAAUGAUCUCACCAUGUUUAUAUUCCCCAUGAUGUGAUCUUCAGCUGAUGCCCACAGAAAUGAGUACCUCUUUUAGCCCACUGAGCUGCAGUGCUGGCUCCCUGAAGUGUCCAUUUGCAAAAGCUUUGUCUGGAUGGUCUUCUGCAUCCUUUGAUUUGUUUGGGUUUCCUUUUUACCAGUGUCUUUAAUUAGCUGGACCCUGCUGUGGCCUGCUCGUUCCUGUCGCUCUGCCUUGCCUGUGCUUCCCUUUGGAGAUAAUGUGGGUUGUGUGGCUCCUGGGGUACAUGGACAAUACUCAGAUAUAUUUUUAGCGGCUGCAGAUCCCGAGGAGUUGUUUGGUGCUUUACAUAGUCGACUGAUCUUCAGUCAUGAAUGUCUUUAGAUGUUCCUGGAUGCGCAGAACCAAAAGCUGCCAGCUGCUAUUGAUCAUUUUUCCAGCAUAAAGCCGGAGGUGGCAGCUUGGCAGAGGAGCAGGCGUUUCCUCUGGUGGCAGUUCGUUUUCCCCUUCAGUUGGAGCUGGCGAUGACCUUGGAGCUGGCGUGCCUGCAGAGCUUGCUUUCCACUCCCAUAUUUAUCAUCAUCUUUAAUCUGUGUGAUCACAGCGCUUCAUCUCUCUGCCUCUCAGCUGCCUUCUGCCCUUCAGCACGAAAGGUGGACAAAAAGGCUGAGCAGAGAAUAUGGCCUUCUCCAUCACGUUAUCCCUGGGCCUGAGGGAAGCUGACUCCUAGAGGGGUUGUCUUAAAGUCUUGAUGCUCAUGAUCAAGACGAUGCAUCCCUGCUGUCUAAUCCACUUGUGGACUUUGAAGGUUGUUAGUUGGGCUGUGAUACUUUAAUAUUUACAAAGUAGUGACACCUGUUCACCUCAGUGUGGACCAAGUUAAUGACAGAAGAAACAACCUGUUCUGUGUUUGCUUUCUUCUUUCUCAUGGGCAUUGUGUUCUGUGAAAGGACAACAGAGCCUGAAGGAAUUAGUAUGCAGGAACAUCCGCUUUCCAUUUAAAAUGUACUGUGAUGUUUGCAGCUAUGGUUUGAGGGGGAAAAACAAAGCAUCCAGGGUUUGUAGAAAAGCUCACACAUCGAAUGAGGCACGUUUUCCCCUUCAGCAUGUGCUACCCCAACAAAUACGUUCUCAUAUCCCAGGAAGCGGUGCUGGCUCUCAGCUCAUCUGCUUCUGUGAUACAAGCAGCCAGAAGCUGACAGAUCCUAAAGCUUGGAAAGACAUCCAGGAUAAUUCCACAUAGCUGUUUUGGGUGUUUAUUUGGGAUCUGGUGCAGAUUUAACAAGAUGUCGUGCAAAAAAUGAAAACCCCAAGCAGCGGUGGGAAGGUGGUGAGGAGGGAGGGAGUCAGGGAAGGCUCUCAGUGUGCUCAUGCUGCUGUAAAACUGGGAGUCUGCUCACUCUCUACUCCAGAAAGCAGCACAGCUGGGCUGCAGUGGCAUCAAACCUGAGCUGAAACCCAGUUUCUCUGCGUGAUUCCUGAGCUCCAGAUCUGCUGAAGGCAUACAGCCUUUUUUUUCAGUGCAGGGUGAGCUUGUGUCUUCCUGCAGCCUACACUGUGGGCCCAAAGAAAUGAAUGUGUAAGUAUUUUGUCUCUCGCAGCAGCCCAAGGUCAUCUUUCUGGAACAGCAAACAGGCACAGAAUCCAAAGAAGAUCAGUCUGUCAUAGGAGUAAGGUUAGCAUCUGCACUUACAAAUGACAAAGGCUAUUAAUCCUCAUGCUGUAAUCCCCAAGCUAUUUGCCAGCUGGCAGCAGGAAGAUGUUCCCGCUCAACCCACACAGCUAUCCAUGUUUUUUCACCUUUAUGGAGCAGAUAUAGGUCAAUACUGUAGCCUGGAUAAAGAACUUGGUAGAUACCAUUCAUCUCUUUUGGCAUUACAAUCCCUCUCCUCUCCACACAAGCCAUCUGUACAAAUUAGUAAGAGGAGAGCUGCAGGCUGGGCUCUCCCUGAGCUGCUCCCUCAAAACAGAAGGUUGAAGGUGAAAUUUUUUUCCCUCCCCUCUGCUCCUGAGUUUGUCAUGGGAGGAUGAAUUUUGAGAUUUUACUGCAGAAUUGAACAGCUUGAGAAAAGCUCUGUCACUAGACAGGUUUUGUACACAGAGCAGAAAAAACCUAAUGCUUGUAGAAGGCAGAAAAAAGUCCAAUAUUGAUGCUUUAUUCAAUCCUAAUUUGGGAACCUGUGUGGGAAUUGAGUAUUGCCCAUCACAGGAACAUAAAAUCCUGAAUCCUACAAGUUAUCACUACUGAUAAGGCAGAAGGAAGACUGCUGCUUGGCAGCAGUGCAGAUGGGCUGUGGUAGUCUAUAUGAUCUCACCAAAAACCUAUACGGUCACCGUGUUACAUCCAGUGAACAUUAGGCAGGCUGGGGUUGGAAAAAGUUGAAGAAGAAACACAAAAACCAGAUGGGAGCUGUGAAGCUCCAUUUAGACCUGUUACUUGCUCAUCUCUGUAGAAAAUUGGAAAGCAAAUUGUUGGGUUUUACUUAACAGAAGUGGUUUAACAGAAAUCACAGCUGCUUGGGCAGCUGCAGGUGUGAGGAAGUAAGGAUGUUUCCUCCUGGCUCUUGCAUUUCCUCUGGCUGUAAUGGGUGACAUAAAAUAAACAUCAAAUACUCCAGAGGUGUCUGUCCUCUGUACCAUCAUACCCAACCUGGGCUGAUCUUAUUGAGUAAUAAGAGACAGAAAGCUGAUAUUGGCCAUGGGUGAAGAACAAAGAUUCAGGAUCCAGACAAAAGCUAGAUUCUUCCUGAGCUCCACAACCAUUAAUGAGCUGUGACCUCCAGGGAAGGCAUUUUGUUGUGCCAAAUACCUCCCUUUCCCUUAAUUUCUCAAACUUAGGAUAACAUUGCAAAAUUUUCUCUUCAUUAGCAGCCAGGAAAUAAAUAAUAUAAUUUUGCCAGCUUUCCUCAUCCCUGUGUCUUGUUAACACUUUCCAGGUGCUUUUCCUUCAUGCUGUCUCCAUCACUGUGUUUCCCAUCCUCUCAUUAAUAUCUACAGAGGUCUGCUCCAACACAGGUCUGUACCUGGUAGCAAUAUUUUAUGUUCAUGGUGCUCAGGAUAAAACCUAUCCUCUGAUCUCUUGCUGUCACUACGUGGCACCUCAAGCACAAGUUUUCCAAUUAAACUGGUACCACAUCUCUCCUGUAUUCUUCUGCUGACGUUGCCAUGUUUUGUGUUUUGCUGGGCUGUAUUCUCAGCUGUAACUUCAUUGACUUUUUCCCAGCAGAGAGUUUUGUUUGUCAAGAAGAGUAAAUGAGGUAAUCAUUCGGUAGACUUAGCAUUUAAAUACUGCGUGACAUUUAUAUGUGUAUAUAUAAAAAUGUUUUUUAUGGUAGAGUGCCGCAAGGCAUUUGCAUGAAGCACAUCUCAAUGUAUAUUUGACUGUUGAUUUAAAUAUACUGUAUAUAAUAAGUUA